AACAAAGUUUGUGCACUCAAACAUGAAACGUGACUCUGGCUCUAGUUUGCUGUCAAGGAAAAGUCUUUAUUAACAUUGUUAUUCAUUCUUUUCAUUUUUCCUUUUUUCAUUUAGGCUGUAUUUUGAUUUCCUUAGCCUAUAGUUUGCUUCUAGGUUAAUAAGUACAUUUCUGGCAUGAUUAUUUGCACAACUGUUUAAAAGAACAUUUGUUUAUGCCACAACAGAACAAACUUCCCUCCACUUUACAGCCCUUCCUCCCUUAUCUACGGAAGACCAUAUUUAAAAUGUAACCCCACCUGAAAUCUCACAGAGACCAAUGAGCUAGAGAAAGGUCAGAGCACACGGCACACCCUCCUUUGUUCAAAGCCAAUCAGAGUGGAAGUGUGGCAUUUUGCCUCAGGGUAAAACUUACCCCUAGAUAGAUUAAUUACGCAUCACUAAGACUGCCAAUGUGUUCACAACGGAGGACUAUCUUUUGGGCUUUUGGAGCGGUUGACUUCAUUCUUCAGUCAGUUUAGUAUGGAAAGCAGACAACAAUGGCUUAGCAGGCUGAAAAAUGAACUUAGCAACAGCCCUCUGGUAUCAAAUGUGGCUUUUGGGUUCAUCCUCAUGGGACUAGAGAAGCUCGUGGAGCUGGAGUUUGAGUGCCCUUGCAACCCUACGUGGAAUGGAGCUUUUUCUUCAGCAUUCUUCAUCAUUCCUGCUGUCAUGGCCUUCACCUUGAUGCAAAUUGUCCAAGGAUGCAGGUGCAGCGCCUGGUGCAGGGAAAUGGUUUCCCUCUCCAGUUUUGUUCCCGCCGUCAUUUGGCUGAUUUUGUUGUUCCUGGAUGGCCAGUACUUUGCCUGCGCUAUGACAGACUGGGAGGGAAGAUUUGUGCUUGUGGACAAGGCAGCUCCACAGAAAUGGUGUGAACCAAUUAGAGAGGGAGAUGUCACCACACAGGAAUUAAUGCUCCGCUCACAGCGGCUGUUUGUGUUUUCUCAGGUAAUAGGAAUAAUCCUCCUCAUUUUCAUCUGUGUGGGUCUGGUUGUGUAUGUAAUCAGAGAAAGCUGCAAACAGGAGGUGGACAUGCAGGAUACAGAUGUAGCCGAGCUCACUGUGCUCAGGAUGAGCUCACUAAGGACCAGAGCAUCCUGAGCAGACUUAACCUCUCCUUGAUGGACACUGUAAAUACCA